AUGCUGAGUGGCUCGCUUGGCUCGACGUGCUACUAUCGGACAGAACUGAAGAAGCCUUCGAGCUGCAAGGAAGAUGCCCCGUCGCCGUCCGCGGUGGCCGUCCGCGAGCCGCCUCCCAGUGCCCCGAACACCGCCCGCUUCCGGCUCGUCCUCACCGGCCUCCUCGUCUCGUCCUUCGUGGCCGUCCUGGAAGGCUACGCCGUGUCGACCGCCCUUCCCGUCAUCGUAAGCGACCUACACGCCGACCAGUUUAUCUAG